UGCCGUCACCAAGUUGAAGAUGGCCAUCAAUCUUUUCUUGCUCCCAUAUACCUGGCGACAAAAAGAGUGAUUAAUGAAGGGACCACUCCAAUCAAUAAUAGCGACCAAUAAAGGGGACUAGUCAUUCUUGGGGGGCGGGGGGAGUGAUAUCUUUCGUUGAUGCCCCAAAUGUCCAAGUUCUCCAACAACCACUCUACCGGUGGCUCGUUCUAGCCGUGUAUGAGCUUCUAUCCGUGUCGUACUUAUUUGACUUUGUGGAAACAACAAUUUUCAUGACAAGCUUGAGAAUGUACCCUCAUGAUAAAAAAUGGCAUCUUGUCUUGCAUAGAGAUGCAUGAUAGUAACGCCAUCAACUGGGGAAGCCAUGGAAGCUCCGAGCCUAGAGCCAGCCCAAGUGAAUGAACAUGCCCAGGAUCAUCAUCAACAAUAUGCCUCUCUCUCUGCUCACACCACUGACCACGACUCAUGGCUUCAAGUAGGUUUGCUGUUGGUGACGGGCUUCAACUGUGGAUACAUACUGAGCUUCUCGAACCUCAUGUUGGUGCCUUUGGGUUGGACAUGGGGCAUCAUUUGCCUAAGUCUUGUGGGACUGUACACUGCAUAUGCUAAUUGGCUCUUGGCAGCGUUUCACUUCAUCAAUGGCCACCGCUUCAUCCGCUACCGAGACAUCAUGGGCUACCUUUUCGGUAGGAAAAUGUAUUACAUCACUUGGGUUUUCCAAUUUUUUACCCUGCUGCUUGGGAACAUGGGUUUCAUUCUUCUGGGAGGGAGAGCUCUCAAGGAGAUAAAUUCAGAAUUCAGUGAAACUCCCCUGAGGCUUCAAUAUUACAUAGGCAUGACAGGAGCAGCAUAUUUCACGUUUUCUUAUCUGAUCCCAACCAUGUCAGCCACGAGAAGUUGGCUGGGCGUCUCUACCGUCCUCACUUUCACCUUCAUUGGACUUCUCUUGAUGGUGGUCAUCAAAGACGGGAAAUCCGAUAAGAACAAAAACUACGAUCUCAAAGGAAGCAAAGUCGGCCAAGCCUUCGGUGCACUAGGUGCGGUUUCAGCCACUAUUGUGUGCAAUACCGCUGGUUUAUUACUAGAGAUUCAGUCAACUCUUCGCAAGCCGGCGGUGAAGAACAUGAGGAAGGCCUUGGGCUUGCAAUACACAGUGGGACUCAUAGUGUACUACGGCGUGACUGUGGCCGGUUAUUGGGCGUACGGGUCUGACGUGUCCGAGUACCUCCCCGAAGAGCUUAGCGGGCCCAAAUGGGUGAAGGUUUUCAUCAACUCAUCCGUCUUCCUCCAAUCCAUAAUCUCCCAACAUAUCUUUGUGGCACCGAUUCACGAGACCUUAGACACCAAGUUCCUGAAAUUAGAGGAGAGCAUGAACUCGGCAACGAAUCUAAAACGACGAUUGCUCUUGCGAGCUUCACUUUUCGCAAUGAAUACCUUCAUGACCGCUGCUUUUCCGUUCAUGGGAGACUUUGUCAACUUCUUCGGCUCCUUCACGCUCAUUCCCUUGACUUUUGUGUUUCCCAGCUUGAUUUUUCUCAAGGUGAAGGGAAAAACAGCAAGAAUUGAGACGAGGGUGUGGCAUUGUUUCAACGUGGUUGUGUUCCUGUUGCUUGCGGUGGCUGCCACAACAGCAGCGGUUCGAUUGAUCAUUGACAACACACGCACGUACAGUUUUUUCGCCGAUACAUGAAUCGUACGUAG